AUGGCCGCCGCCGUUGUUAGCCGUGCUAUCCUCGCCGCCCCUGCUGCUGCCCUGUCUAAGGCGCAAACCAAGAGGGCGUUCUUCGGCAACAUCGCUGGCCUGGCACCUGUUGCCCGCCGCGCCACCCCCGUGGUGAAGUCCCUGGCCGUCAAGGCUGAGACUAACUACCAGGUCAUUGAGCCCCUCAAUGGCGAUCCCUUCGUCGGUGGGCUCGAGACCCCCGUGACCUCGGCUCCCCUGGUCGCCUGGUUCCUGUCCAACCUCCCCGGCUACCGCACUGGUGUGAACCCACUCCUCCGCGGUGUCGAGGUCGGCCUUGCCCACGGCUACCUCCUCGUGGGCCCCUUCGUCUGCACUGGUCCUCUCCGCGGCACUGAGGUCGGCCAAGUCGCCGGUACCCUCGGCGCUGCUGCUCUUGUCACCAUCCUGUCCUUGUGCCUGACCGUGUAUGGCAUUGCCUCGUUCAAGGAGGGUGCUCCCUCCACCGGCUCCACUCUGACCCUCAGCGGCCGCACAAAGGAGGCUGACAAGCUCCAGACUGCUGACGGCUGGGCUUCCUUCGCUGGCGGCUUCUUCUUCGGUGGCCUGUCCGGUGUCGCCUGGGCAUACAUCCUGCUCUACGUUCUGGACCUGCCCUACCCCGUCAAGUAA